CAAUUACAACUACAGCCAUAACUUCACACAGCCAGCAACAACAAAGCUGAGAUGGGUAUUUACGCUGUUGUGAAUAGUUUGGCCAGCUUUGGGUACUUAAAUGCUGCAGAAAUGUUUGUGCCAGCCAUUUUCAAGAUUCCAGCAACUAGAGAGCUGAACUUGAAUGAUAAUACUGGCCUAUGGUAUGACUUUACCACAAAUGACCAGCCUGUUGAUCUAAGUGCCAAACUUGUCUACCAGACGAGCUGGUUUGCUCCUAUUAUUGAUUUGGGUCUCAUUGUUCCUUCAUUGGGUAACUUAGUCUCUGAGGUGUCUUUCAAGUCCUCUAUUCUUAACCUCAAUGCUAAUGCAGGGAUUUAUCCGAAGGAUUACUGGAUGUGUGUAAGUGCCACAACUGCCUCCGUGUUUCAGGGAUUGAAGGCCAAGCUUAAUGGAACCACUGGCCUGACCACAAAAAGUGGAUUGAAACUGGCCUCUUGUUUGUCUUUGGAGAAUGCCCACAUUGGCGGUUAUCACGGGAGUACCUUGACCCUGGAAGACAUCUAUGAGGCUGUAUUGUCUGUGGACACAGUUGCUAAGAUUAAUCUGACAAGCUUCACUAUUGAUGCCACUCAUCAACUUUCUGCGGACACCAAGGUCCAUCCAAAGGCAACAUCAAACUUAAAGAUCAAGUACACUUUUGAUCGUCAGGAUUCGGAGGCUGCUGGACAUGGAGAUGCUGAGAAUACAUUAAAGCUGGAUGCAACUCUUUCCUACAUCUCCAUUGAGUCUGCAACCCAAGUAACCACAGAUUCUACAUUCACAGGUGCUAUUGAUCUUAAUGGAAAAAUGGAUAAUCAAGCUAACAUCUAUGUGAACGCUAAUGGUCUGAAAUCCAAUCUGAAGACUACUGGAAAUGGGAACAUUGAUUUUGAAUAUUCCAAGUUUGGGUUUGACAUUAGUGACCAGCUGACCUUGGAGGGAGAUCUUGAACGUAUGUAUUCUUUGCUAGAAAUUGAUUAUACAUAG